AUGGUUACAGGAAAUCUGUCUCGCAGCCUGGUCUAUGGUCGAAAGGGCAUCGUAUGCUCCAAUUCACCCUUGGCUGCGUCUGCCGGAAUCCAGGUUAUGCAGCAGGGCGGUAAUGCCUUUGAUGCAGCCUUGGCUGUAGCUGCGACCGAGGCGGUAACGUUGGUCCCUCUGUCCAGCAUGGGAGGGGAUUCUUUCAUCCUUGUCUACGAGGCCGCCACCGGUCAGUUGACGGGUAUCAACAGCAGUGGGGCGGCUCCAACGGGGGCUACGGCAGAGUACUACCGUUCAAGAGGCCAUGAAGUCAUGCCCAUUGACGGCCCCCACUCCAUAUCGGUUCCCGGGGAGGUUGCGGCAUGGGAAGAAAUGCACCGGCGCUUUUGUACCUUGCCUUUCAGCCAGUUACUGGGGAGUGCUAUUGGCUAUGCUGAAGAAGGAUUUCCAGUGUCGCCUGGCAUAGGCCGCAGCUUUGCCCAUGCAGUGGACAAGCUUGCCCAGUUUCCGGCCAGUGCCGCGAUCUAUUCGUCAAACGGGGGAAUGAAAGCCGAAGGGGAAAUGCUUGCCAAUCCUGACCUGGCCCGUAGCCUGCAACAGGUUGCGGAGGGAGGCGCCAACGAGUUUUACCGUGGCGAUCUGGCCCGCCGCAUGGUUGAAGAGUUGAGAAAGGCAGGCGGGCUGUUCACUGAAUCCGACUUUGCCGACCACCGGCUGGACGUCUACGACCCCAUAGCCACUGACUACCGGGAUCAUGUGGUCUACCAGACCAGGCCACCCACCCAGGGGUUCUUAUUGUUGGAGAUGCUAAACCUGGUUGAAGGCUUUGACCUGGAAUCGCUUGGCCAAAAUUCAGCCGAGUCUAUUCACCUGAUGACGGAAGCCAAGAAAAUUGCCUAUGAGGACCGGAACAGGCUGUCUGGAGACCCUCGGUUCGUUGAAUGGCCGUUGGAGGAACUAAUCUCGAAGGAAUAUGCCGACCGGAGGCGCGGCGAAAUCGACCAAGCGCGCGCCAACAAUGGUAUGGCGACGGCACAUGAAGACGGCGACGGCAAUACUACAUACUUCUGCGUGGCGGAUGGUGCCGGGAACUGCGUGUCCUGGAUCCAUAGCCUUUCCAAUGCCUUUGGUUCCGGAUUUGUAGCCGCCGGCACAGGAGUGCUGUUCAAUAACCGGGGUGGGCGCGGAUUCAGCCUCGAACCAGGCCAUCCCAAUGUUAUCGAACCUGGAAAGCGCACCAUGCACACUUUGAACUGCUACAUGGCUUUCAAGGAUAGCCAGCCGGUUAUCGUUGGCGGAACGCCCGGAGGCGACUACCAGCCUCAGUGUGGCCUUCAAGUUUUGGCCAACCUUAUCGAUUACGGCAUGGACCCGCAGGAGGCUGUUGAGGCUCCUCGCUGGUGGAGCUUCCCUGGCACCGACCCGGCGAGUGUGAAAACGCCCUCUGAAUUGAGACUGGAAGCUGGCAUGCCACUGGAGACGGGCAAAGAAUUGGAAGCCUUGGGCCACAAAGUGGUGCGGCGGCGACCUGGAAUCAAUGACGGCAAGGUUCAGCUAAUUGUCCGCGACCCGAACACUGGGGUUCUAAAGGGAGCUUCGGACCCUCGAGGUGACGGUCACGCCGCUGCCUGGUAG